AUGCUGACCUCCAACCAAUCCGUCGAUCCGCUCCUCAUCGAGCGAUGGCGAUCCCGCCUCAGCAGUCUCACCGAGCUCAUCCUGCCGACUGACUACCCGCGCCCGAUCCCGCAGAGGGUCGUCGAUGCCGAGCAGAUCCUGGACCUGCCCGAGUCCACCAGCCUUGCGGUCCUGCAGCUCUCCCUCAGCCUGAUGAAGGUCUCGGCCGGAGCCGGCAAUGGCGCGGCUUCGUCCACGCCCUUUGAUAUCCUCCUGGCAGCCUUUGCGAUCCUGCUGCACAGAUACACCGGCGAAGAAGACAUCACCAUCGGCUCGUCGUCGCUGUCGUCGAACCCGCUCGUGCUGCGUAUGAACGUCGCCGACUCGGAUUCGAUGGUCGAGGUCAUCCGCAAGAUUAUUGAGGACGAAGUGCCCUUCGCUGCGCUGCUCGAUGCCCUCUGCCCCGCCAAUGCCGACAACCCGGCCCCGUCCCUGUUCAAGGUCCGAUUCUUCAACCUCACCGACACCACUCCCGAGACUCUCGAGGCCAGCGCCAGCGGCUCCUCCACCAGCGACAUCACCAUCUUCAUCUCCCAGUCGCCCUCGCUGCGAAGGCUGCUGCCCAUCCAGCUGCGAGUCGUCUACAACUCGGUGCUCUUCACCGAGCUCCGUAUCGCCUUCAUGCUCGACCAGCUCUGCCAGCUGCUCGAGACCGCUGCCCAGGACCCCCACGCUCCGAUCGGCAAGAUCUCGCUCAUCACCCCCAGCAGCAGCCCAGUUUUGCCCGAUCCCACGGCCGAUCUUGCCUGGGACCGCUUCGAGGGCGCCAUCACCGACAUCUUCUCCCGCAACGCCGAGGCUCACCCCGACCGCGUGUGCAUCGUCGAGAGUCGUCCCUCGCCAGACAUGCGCCUGGACCUCACCCAGUCGUUCACUUAUCAGCAGAUCCACCACGCCUCCAACAUCCUCGCCCACCAUCUCAUCAAGAACGGCAUCGAGCGCGAGGACCCCGUCGUGCUGUACUCGUACCGCGGUGUCGACCUCGUCGUUGCCGUCAUGGGUGUCUUGAAGGCCGGAGCCACCUUCAGCGUCAUUGACCCUGCAUACCCGCCCUCCCGCCAGAACAUUUAUCUCUCCGUCGCUCAGCCCCGCGGCCUCGUCGUGCUCAAAAAGGCCGGUGCCCUCCACGACGAUGUCCGUCAGUACAUCACCAACGAGCUCCAGAUCAAGUGCGAGGUGCCUGCCCUCGAAAUUGCCGACGACGGCAUUGUCUUUGGUGGUUCUGCGGGCAACGAUGCCGAUGUUUUGGACCCUGAGCGCUCGCUCGCGACCCAGAACACCGGCGUGGUCCUGGGCCCCGACAGCAUCGGCACCCUCAGCUUCACCAGCGGAAGCACGGGCAUUCCCAAGGGCGUCCGCGGCCGCCACUACUCCUUGACCCACUUUUACCCCUGGAUGAGGGCCGAGUUUGAGCUCUCCGAGAAGGAGCACUUCACCAUGCUCAGCGGCAUUGCGCACGACCCCAUUCAGCGCGACAUCUUCACCCCUCUGUUCCUCGGCGCCUCUCUCUACAUUCCCACGGGUGACGAUAUCGGCACCCCCGGCCGCCUUGCCGAGUGGAUGGCCUUCCACGGCGUCACCAUCACCCAUCUGACUCCGGCCAUGGGUCAGCUCCUGUCUGCCAACGCCACCCACUCCAUCCCAACCCUGCGCAACGCCUUCUUUGUCGGCGAUGUUCUCACCAAGCGCGACGUCGGCCGUCUCCAGUUCCUGGCCCCCAACACCAACGUCAUCAACAUGUACGGCACCACCGAGACCCAGCGUGCCGUCUCGUAUCUCAAGAUCCCGCCCCCUGGUAUCAACCCGGCCUUCCUCAGCCAGCAAAAGGACAUCAUGCCUGCUGGCAAGGGCAUGAAGGACGUUCAGCUCCUGGUCGUCAACCCCUCGGGCCUGCUCUGCGGCGUCGGCGAGGUCGGCGAGAUCUAUGUCCGCAGCGGCGGUCUCUCGGAGGGCUAUCUCCGCCUCGAAGAAGUCACGGCCCAAAAGUUCCUGGCCAACCCGUUCAACCCGAGCGGACCCCAGAUCACCGCCGAGGGCGAGGCUCUGCCGUUCUACAAGGGACCUCGCGACCGCAUGUAUCGCAGCGGCGAUCUCGGCCGCUACCGCCCCGAUGGCAGCGUCGAGUGCACGGGCCGAGCGGACGACCAGGUCAAGAUCCGUGGAUUCCGCAUCGAGCUCGGCGACAUUGAUACGCCGCUCAGCCAGCACCCCCGUGUCCGUGAGAACGUCACCCUGGUGCGCCGCAACAAGGACGAAGAGAAGAUGCUGGUGACGUACUUUGUGCCCCUCCACGCCACCGACGACCUCGACAUCCUGAUCAAGGACAUUCGCGAAUACCUGAAGCAGAAGCUGCCUGUCUACGCGAUUCCGACUGUCUACGUGCCCUUGAUCCGCAUGCCCCUGACUCCCAACGGCAAGAUCGACAAGAACGCCCUGCCCUUCCCCGACACGGCCCUCGCCGGCGCCGCCGGCUCUUCGGCCCGCACCGACGAGGAAGCCACGCCCUACGAAGCCGCCAUCCGCACCAUCUGGGCCGAGCUUCUCAACAAGCCCGAGGGCAGCAUCCCCCUGGACGACAACUUCUUUGACUGCGGCGGCCAUUCGAUCCUGGCCACCCGCCUUGUCUUCCAGAUCCGCAAGGUGCUUGCUGUCGACAUUGCCCUCGGCAUCGUCUACAAGGAAUCGACCAUCCGCGGCAUCGCCCGCGAGGUCGAGCGCAUCCGCGACGCCGACGUCAACCUGGUCGGCGGCGCUGUCCAAGACGACGAAACCGAAAAGCGCAGCAUCAAGACGGUCAAGAGCAUCGACCAAAUGAAGGAAGUCCGCAAGGACGAGGCUUUCGACUAUGCCGCCGACCUGGACACGGUCGACGACUCGGCCGUGACCGUCGAGGGCCUGCCCGAGUUCCAGUUCCCGGACCUGGCCUCUGGCGGAGUCUUCUUUGUGACGGGUGUGACCGGUUUCCUCGGAGCCUUUAUCCUCGAAAAGGUCCUCAAGCGCUUCCCGCACUCCAAGGUCAUUGCCCUCGUCCGCGCCAAGAGCCAGGACGAUGCUCUCAAGCGCAUCCGCGAGAACGGCGAGCGCCACCUGGUCUGGGACGAGUCCUGGGUGCAGCAGGGCCGCAUCGUGGCGGCCAUGGGCGACCUGAGCGAGCCUCGCCUGGGACUCUCGGAAGAAGACUGGACGGCCUAUGCCAACCAAGUCGACGUCAUCAUCCACAACGGCGCGCUUGUCCACUGGGUCUACCCGUACAGCAAACUGAGGGCGCCCAACGUCCUCGGCACCCUGGAGGCCCUGAAGCUGGCGACCCUGGUCCGAUCCAAGGCCUUCCACUUUGUAUCCUCGACCAGUGUCCUGGACACGGACCACUACGCUCGCCGCGCCGACCUGGGCUCCAGCGGCAAGGUCCUCGAAACCGACAACCUCGAGGGCUCGCGCAAGGGCCUGGCCAGUGGAUACGGCCAGACCAAAUGGGUCUCGGAGAAGCUCGUCAUGCGAGCGCGCGAGCGGGGUGUCAAGGCCACAAUCAUCCGGCCAGGCUACAUUGUCGGCGACUCGCACACCGGAGUCGGCAACACCGAUGAUUUCCUGUGGCGCCUGGUCAAGGGUUGCGUGCAGCUCAAGCAAGUGCCCAAGAUCGCCAACAUUGUCAACAUGUGCCCCGUCGACUACGUUGCUGCCUCUGUCGCCGAAGUCGCCGCCUCGGAGGCGCACAUCUCCCUCGGGGUCUUCCACAUCUGGAACCCGCACCACUUCCGCUUCAAGGACAUGUUCUCGCUCGUCAAGGAGCACGGCUACGACGUCCACGACACGGACUAUAUCGAAUGGCGCUCGAGCCUGAUGGAUCUGACCCUGGCGUCGAGUGACCAUGCGCUCUUCCCGCUGCUGCACUUUGUCCUGGAUGACCUGCCCACCAGCACCAAGGGCCCGCAACUGGGCGACGAGCACAUCCGCAGCGUGGUCGACCCUGCCGGCGUCGUCUGCGGCGACAUGCGCAACCUCAUGGGACUGUACCUCGGAUACCUUGUCGCCGUCGGAUUCCUCGACCAGCCCACCCAGACCGUCGAGCAGACCCUCCCAGUUUUGCCGUUGUGGGAGGGUGUCCGGGGCAAGCUGGUGGCCCGCAGCGGCAACUAGGCUUUGGUCAUAUCGUUAUCAAGACUUUGAUUCCCCGCGCUCGCUCCGCUCCUGCCUUUUUUUCAUCCUCCUCCUCAUCGAUGCGUGUCUGAUGCACCUUGAAUCUGAAUCUCGAGUAUAUGGCGAUGUGCUUGAGAGUCGUCAGCGACUGCACAGCUCUCUCAAUACAAUGGACUCGAUCGAAUGCAUCCACCGUCGCACUGACUCUUUGGUGCC